ACACAUUUGUGUGGAGUCGGGCCCGGGACCAAGUCCCGAAGGAAACCUGGCCGAGCCGCUCCGCUCACCUUGGCGGGAAGUCCUCCACGGCCCGGGAGGGUGGUGGGCGACGGCGGCCGCUCCCCGAGGAAGGGCCCGGCCGCGGGGAUGGGGUCCGGCUCCUCGCGGACUCACCCGAAGGUGACCCAGGUGGCCCCCCUGUACAGCCGCGACGCUCCGCCCCCCUCUGUCGGCUCCGCGGCCGGGGGUCAGGAGGAAGGGUAUAGCUCGCGCACCUCGGCCGGGCUGCGGGGAAAGAUGGGCCAGUUUGAAAGACAGCUGCCCCCGCUGAGACAGACUGGGUACGGAUGCUACGCGACAGUGCCCGGGGCCAUGACUUUGGACACCUCACUGGAGAACAGAGGAACAAGCAUUAUUAAAAGUCAUCCACCACGAAGACUGCAGGUGCUGGAGCCCGUUGGCCCACCGCAAGCGCGAGGCAGCCUGACCCAGCACGAGGCGGCGGUCGCCCCCAGAGCCAAGGAGCUGGAAAAGAGAAUGCAGAGUGUCAGACACCCACUGGGAAAGAGACAGUAUUUCCACAAGAUGCAAAUGCUGGAGAUGAACAGGAAAAGACAAGAGGUAAAGGCCCAGGCAGAGCUGAAGAGGAACCUGCAGCGGGAGUCCAGGAUUGGGAAACAGAAAGCGAGAGAACGCAGGGGAAAGAAACCCUCCGUAAACCUUCCGGGAAACAGGGGCUGGGAAGACCUCGCCACUCCGGAGCCUCCUGGGGCCCUUCCCGCAGACUGGGGAAGCCCCUGGGAUGGAGAAUUUGGGGCGUGUCAGCCCGGCCCCCGGCAGGGCGGUGAGGCGGAACCCCGGCUGGUGCGGCGGGCCCACCGCGAGCUCCCGUGGGAGACGGCCGACUCCGACUCCGACGGGGAGGCCGAGGAAAGGAAGAAGCCACGCGCCCUGGUGAGGACCAAGACGGAGAGGAUUCCGCUUUGGGACGAGUUCUUCGAUCAAGAGUGAGCGGCUCGGGUGCCCGGGGGACGGCAGGAGGAGAGUGGACGGAAGGGCUCCGCUCCCUGCGGCCCCCGCUCCGACCAGCACAGGGCACCCUCCGAAGAACCUCGGGCUAAGCGCCGGGGUGGAUGUGAGACAAUCAGAUCAGACGCAAGCCCACGUGGGACUCAGAAUAAUCGGAGCAGG